GCUUAGCCUCACACGGGCAUUAUGACUGAGAUGUGAACGCGCAAGCAAGUUCAGAGAGCAAAGCAGAUGACAGAGAUACAGUUCUAAACAAGAGAAAGUGGUAUAGUAAGAUUAAGCGCUCUUAUCAUUUCUAGGCGGAUUUUCUUUUUUCUGUGCGUAAAUUAUUAACUGUAGGCUACUUUAGUACUUUAUGCGUUACAUGCUUCCAAAUGGGCAAAAAUCAGUUAGACUAAACUCUAAAUAUCUAAGUUAUAAAAAAACAGAAAGUAUCAGUAAUCGCGAUUAAAACGCAUGUAUCUGCAACUCCAAAUACCCUAAAAGCGUUGCAAUGGAAAAAUCAAAGAACUUCAGGAUCGACGCACUUCUGGCUGAAGAACCAUAUCGGGGGACCCGAGAAGCAUCACCUGGACUGAGCAUCGACAGCCCUACGGGUAGCCCGGUGUCCUGCAGGCGCGCCGACACUCCGUCCCCUCGCGGGACCCCGGGUGCCAUACACCUCCAAACCGGAAUCAUACCUAAACCAGGGCUGCUCAGUCUUCCACACCCGGGACUCACUUCACUUCCAGGCAUGUACACAACUCCCAUGUACCCUAUUUCAGCUUUGGGAGGUCAGCACCCUGCCUUGGCGUACUCGGGUUUUACGCAGCUGACGCAGCCGUAUCCGGAGCAGCUAAAGGCAGCGGCGAUGGCCGGAUCUUUACCCCUGGAACACUGGAUACGAGCUGGCAUCAUGGUACCACGACUGCCCGAUUACACCUGUGAGUGGGGUAGCGUUCAGAUGACGUCCCCCCAGUCCGGUUUGAUGGGUAAAUGUCGUAGGCCGCGGACAGCAUUCAGCAGUCAACAACUACUGGAGCUGGAAAACCAGUUUAAACUUAACAAGUACCUUUCCAGACCCAAACGCUUCGAAGUGGCCACAUCGCUCAUGCUGACUGAGACACAGGUCAAGAUCUGGUUCCAGAACCGUCGAAUGAAGUGGAAACGUAGUCGUAAGGCUAAAGAACAGGCCACGCAGGUAGAGGUCAAAUGUCAGCGCGGGGGAUCCAAACCAACCAAUGAGAGGCCAGGAAGGGAUGGCCGCAGGGCCAUAGCUCAGAGUGUGGAAGAGCACAAGGAAGAGGACGAUCUUGAGGAGGAAGAGGAGGAAGAUGAGGAGGAAAGGCAACACACAUUCAUAAACGACAACCUUAAUGUACCACGUUGCACAGAUUUUCUGCACCACACGUCUGCAUUAGGAUACCACCCUGACAGCCCGUUCUCUGAGGACGACAUGGAGGAGGUUGGAGGAAGUGAUAGGAAGAUUGGGGUAGGGUUAUGAAAAGAUAUCCAUAUGGAAACUGAGACUGCAUUACCUCACAGCAACAUUACAGUCCUGUGCUGUGGUCUGACUAUGGCAACUGUAAAAUGAAAGAAACAAGACUAUAAAAGCCAACCAUUUUCCCACUAAAAGACACAUGAAAAGCCAACCACCAGAAUGAAUUUCACUGAUCCGCACCUGAUGGUGUUGGUAAGUACAGGUGUUAAUGAAACUCAUACAGAGUAAACAUAAAAUAUAACAAAUAAUAAAUAUUUAAGCUGUGUUCCAAAACUUGUAGAUGGCAAAGGACAUCACAGAAUCUCUCUCUGUUAUUUUGUCUCUAUAUGUAUGGACGCACACAUAUUACCAUUCUAAAGUUAGGGGUCAACAAUAUUUUUAUUUUUAUUUAAAGGAAAUGAAUACUUUUAUUCAGCAAGGAUGCAUUAAAUGAUUAAAAGUGACAGUAAAGACUAUUAUAAUGUUACAAAUGCAAAUU